CCUAACUCUGUAAGUCAUUCAGACAGCAGAAAAAACGAUAAAUUUAGUUGAAUUCAGUACGUUAAAAAUGGAAGCCCGUAAUCUCGUUUCGUACCUUAAAGAAUUCUGUGUAAAACUAAAGCUAAAUGCACCGAUAUUCGAAAUUGAAGCCGAACCCAAUAGAGAAUUCCGCUGCAAGCUAGAGCUUCAAGGUAUCAAAGGCUGUGCCACUGGCCGUUCGAAGCAGUGUGCCUCGCAUGUGGCGGCAAGGAAUGUUUGGGCGCAGAUAAUGUUGCAUCCUGCGGUCCGAGCGAUCAUACAACAAAAGGACUGUUUGCCGUACAUUCAAAAAGGGGAUAUCUUCUGGGAGGUGCGCUUACUCAAGAUCAAGCAAGUGAAAGGUCUGCGGGAGCUGCUGAUCCUGGUGGCUAGUAGUGAGUCCAUCGGUAAUGGUUCGGACAUGCCACAGAGCAGCAUCUUAGAAGUGGCCACCACCACGGAAGUGCGAAUGGGAAACAGAGUCCUGGAGAAUGUUCCCAUCGUGGAGGUGCCAGGCAAGAGUUUCCUGGAAAAGCUCGCCCUACCGGUGUUGCUAGUGAGGGGUGGAUUGGAGGAGACACCCCUAACAGAAGUAAUAGUGAGCAGUGUUGGGAAGCAGGCCUCCAAGUCAACCUCCACGGAGGUACAGUGCUUGGGCAGUGUCUUGGAAGUACUCCGCAUUGCGGAGGGUCCAGAAAGUAGUCCCGUGGAAGUAGCCCAUAGCCCAGUGCUUCCAGAGGUGAGCAGUCAAAAGUCCCAAGACUCGGAAGAAGAACAGAUAAGUGUGUCGGAAGAGGAGGUGGUCCCCGUUCCCGUCCCCAUCCCUGACAUUCCCGUGAGCAGAGUCAUUGAAAAGGCAACCCCUGCCAGUGUCGCCACUGACAUCCCAGACAUUGAGGAUGAGUUCGAAAAACAGCGCAUGUUCGAGACCUUUCGUAAAAUCAUCAAAACUUACGAACAUAAAACUAAAACUGUCCCAAUCUGCGAACGUCACAACUAUUUCAAGAAAUUGCCGCAGGAGCUCAAAGCGGAGGGCUUCAAAGUUAUCAAUUCGAACGACUUUAAGACUGUGAGGGAGAAGGCAAUCACACUUCUGUACGCUUUGAAGCUGCCUCAUACCAUCAGCAAGAUGCCAUCCAUUUCUGGUGUGCCAAUGGUCAAAGUCGAACUCGACUGCAGCUACGAGGGCAUAUUUUUGGAUUUUGAGAGCAAUAUUUAUCACUACAUUAUUGAUUUUAUGCGUAAUAUGCUCGUGUAGGUUACUGAACAGAUAACUGACUAACAUGACGAUCUGCCCAGGACGCUCUAUCAUCUAUGUACCAUCCACAAUGUCUACCUGAAGAACUAGUCAUCUACUCUUAAUUUUUUUUUAAUUAAAAAACCAAAUGCUAUCA